AUGACCGUGCCCAUGUCCUCUUCCCACAACAUUGCAGAGCUCCCUCGUCCUAAGGAUGUCGGUAUCCUUGGAAUCGAAGUCUACUUCCCUCGUCGUUGCAUCUCUGAAGCAGACCUCGAGGAAUUCGAUGGCGUUUCAAAAGGAAAAUAUACCAUCGGUCUUGGUCAGGAAUACAUGGCAUGGCCUGAUGACCGCGAAGACAUCAACUCGUUCUCUCUGAACGCCGUUUCUGGUCUGCUUCAAAAAUAUAACGUUGACCCCAAAUCAAUUGGUCGCAUCGAUGUUGGAACUGAGACUAUCAUUGACAAGUCCAAGUCUGUCAAAACCACCCUCAUGAGCUUGUUCGCAGAAUCAGGCAAUUUCGACAUUGAGGGUAUUGACUCCAAAAAUGCUUGCUAUGGUUCCACAGCUGCGCUUUUCAAUGCCACCAACUGGAUUGAGUCCAGCUCCUGGGACGGAAGGAACGCGAUCGUUGUUGCAGCUGAUAUUGCAGUGUAUGCUGAGGGUGCCGCAAGACCUGCAGGUGGUGCUGGUGCUGUUGCAUUGCUCAUAGGCCCCAAUGCACCGGUUGUGUUUGAGCCGCUUCAUGGAACUUACAUGGCCGAUACAUACGACUUCUACAAACCCAAUCUUUCCUCCGAAUACCCUGAAGUCGACGGGCCAGUCUCAGUUGUCACCUACACUGGUGCUCUUGACCAUGCUUACUCCGCCUACCGGGAGAAGUUUGCGAGGGCUCUCAAGAGGUCAGGGCUUACCAACGGACAUUCACCAGCAGAUCCCAAAGGCCACUUUUCCCUCGACUCUGUCGACUAUGCUCUCUUCCACAGUCCAUACGGCAAGCAAACUGCCAAAGGUCAUGCACGACUACUUUUUAACGACUUCCUCUCCAAUCCUGACGCCCCCGCCUUUGUCAACAUUGGAAAUGCCGAUGCAUAUUGUAAUAUGACUCAGGCCGUUUCUCUCAAAGACAAGAACGUCGAGAAAGAUUUCAUUGCUGCUGGUAAAGCGUGCUUCGCUCAGAAGGUCGAACCUGGUAUGGCCUGCUCGAAGAGACUCGGUAACAUGUACACUGCAAGUUUGUACGGUUGCCUGGCCUCACUCCUGAGCACAGUCGAACCCGCGAAGCUCAAAGACAAGCGUAUCAGUUUUUACGCUUUCGGUAGUGGUUGCGCUGCCAGCUUCUUCACCAUGAAGGUCAAUGGCGACACUUCGGAGAUGAGGGAGAAGAUGGAUCUAGUGAACAGACUGGCAUCUAUGAAGGUAGUCCCUUGCGAGGACUUCGUCCAUGCUCUCCAUCUUCGUGAAAAGAACCAUAAUUCAAAGGAUUACGUCCCCGAAGGCUCGAUCAAUAACAUCUGGCCCGGAGCUUAUUACCUCGAGAGCGUUGACAGCAAGUUCAGACGAAAAUACGCCAAAGCUCCGCUUGCAUGA